AUGAGGAUCCAUUAUCUCCUAUUUGCAUUGCUCUUCUUGUUCUUGGUUCCUGUUCCAGGUGAUGGAUUCCUUUUCAACUCCCUAAGAAAAUUCUACUGCAAAGUCAGAGGUGGCCGGUGUGCUGUGCUCAGCUGCCUUCCAAGGGAGAAGCAGAUAGGUUCCUGUAGUUCCAAAGGUCGAAAAUGCUGCCAAAGGAAGAAAUAA